AUGCACCGAUUACCUCCCUCCCGUUUUCAUGUUGCAAGUUCUAUCAGGAAAGCUACAUCCAUCCUCGGCCAUGUGUCUCACACCCCACUGCAAGCUCGAUUCUCAUCGCAGAUCAGGAAUACGCCAACAGUGUUGCCGCCACUCUCUAAACUCCCCCUCAAAGUGCUUCUUCGAUCAUUGUUGAUAGCAACCAUUUCCUCAAAUCGCCUUCUUCUGGGUCCCUCUCUGGUAGUAUUAAGGUUCUUGAACGAGCCACAUCGGUUCUGGGGGUUUGACGUUCAGAGGAACCCCCUGCUUCACAGCCUUAUGAAGAAAACGAUGUAUAAUCAUUUCUGCGCUGGCGAAGAUCGUGCUGAAGUCACCUCUACAAUUGGAGAGAUGAAGCGGAUGGGGUUCCGAGGAGCGAUUCUUACCUACGCACGCGAGAUUGUAGUCGAUAAUCAGACUGAAGAAGAAACCGGCAGCGGCUUGAAAGAGUCAGCCUCUGAAUCAGAGAUUGAGAAUGAUUCUAGCAUUGAAGCUUGGCGGGAUGGCGUUUUGACAACGGUCGACAUGCUUGGCGAAGGAGACAUCUUGGCUCUCAAACUGACCGGCGCCGGCGCAGCUGUGUCCGAUACUCUUUCGUCUGGCAAACCGCUACCUAGACAGAUGGCAGAAGCCCUCGCUGAGGUGUGCUCUCGGGCUGUCGAACGACAGGUCCGCAUCUUUGUUGACGCGGAGCAAGUCAAGGUGCAACCAGGGAUAGACGCAGUAGCACUUGAUCUUAUGCGUCGCUACAACAUAGACGGAAAAGGCGCAGUUGUGUACAACACUUACCAAGUAUAUCUCAAGAGCGCCCCCGAUACGCUCGCUGAGCACAUGAAAACAGCAAACAAAGAAGGUUUUGUCCUCGGAGUAAAGCUUGUCCGCGGUGCCUACAUUAGCUCGGAGCCACGGCAUCUUAUCAACGACACCAAGGAAGACACAGACAAAUCUUACGACUCAGUUGCUCACGGUCUUCUAUCUCAGAGUUACAGAGACUUCGGAGCCGCUGGUGGUGUAACGUUUCCAGGCCUAGAGCUAUUCCUCGCAACGCACAACAAACACAGCGUUCUCGCAGCCAACGAACUGCAGCAAUCUCGUAUUAAAAAAGCGCAGCCGCUGACAAAGAUUCAGUACGGACAGCUGUUGGGCAUGGCUGAUGAGGUCAGUUUCAGUCUAUUGCAGCUGGUGGACUCUAGUGUCAAGGGGGAAGAAACACCGAGGAUGGCCCCGAUAGAGGUUUACAAGUGCCUGAGUUGGGGCUCCCUAGAAGACUGCCUGUCAUAUCUUCUUCGACGAGCGGUUGAGAAUAGAGAUGCUGUGUCUCGAACCAAGUCGGAGUUUACUGCGCUGAAGGCAGAAGUAUGGAGGAGAGCCAAGAACGGUGUGUCGGUUAGGUAG